AUGUCAUCUCUGAACUCUACCGCCUUCUCCCACUCUCCCACUUUCCUCCUGGCUGGCAUCCCCGGCCUGGAGAAGGAGCAGUUCUGGAUUGCCUUCCCCUUCAGCAUUAUGUAUGCCGUUGCUGUGCUGGGGAACAUCACCCUGCUUGUCUUCAUAAAGACAGAGCCAAGCCUGCACGAGCCCAUGUACCUCUUCCUGGCCAUGCUGGCCUUCACUGACCUCGUCCUCUCCACAUCCUCUCUACCCAAAAUGCUCAGCAUCUUCUGGACAGGCUCUGGGCAGAUCGGGUUUCUCUCCUGCCUUACUCAGUUGUUUUUCAUCCACACCUUCUCGUCAGUGGAGUCGGGAGUGCUCAUGGCCAUGGCCUGGGAUCGCUACAUUGCCAUCUGCUACCCACUCCGGCACUCCACCAUCCUCUCCAUGCCGGUGGUGCUGACCCUGGGGAGCGUGGUGCUGGUGCGUGGGGUCGUCCUCGUCAGUCCCAUGUGCUUCCUGCUCCGCAGGAUGUCCUUCUGCCAGCAGCACGUCAUCUCCCACUCCUACUGCGAGCACAUGGCUGUGGUGAAGCUGGCAUGCGGGGAGACCAGAGUCAGUGUCGUUUAUGGCCUCUUUGUGGCUUUUGUGGUGGCUGGGUUUGAUGUGACUCUGAUUGUUGUGUCCUACACUGUGAUCCUUCGAGCAGUAAUGAGGCUGCCAUCCACAGAGGCAAGGCUCAAGGCCUUCAGCACUUGUGCAUCCCACGUCUGUGUCAUCUUGGCACUUUACAUCCCUGCCCUCUUUACGUUCCUCACCCACCGGUUUGGCCAGAGCAUCCCUCACCAUGUCCAUAUACUGGUGGCCAAUCUCUACCUGCUGGUGCCCCCCAUGUUAAACCCCAUUGUUUAUGGAGUGAGAACCAAGCAGAUCCGCGACAGAUUGGUCUUCUUCUUCCGGUAUAAGGGAACCUCACCCAUACCUAUGUGCAUCAUGCACAGAAUUUACUGA